AUGAAUGUUGACGUACACACUGGAAAUGUAGAAACACAGAUCGAUGUGUCGUUGUCAUUAUUUCCACCAAAUGUAGAAGAAAAUGUGACAAUGAAAACGCUAUCGCCAACUGCAGUGAACCCAGAACCAAAAGAAAUGUACAGCACGGACGAUGAAGAUCUAUCAGGUGAUAAUGUGGAUGAGCCAGGUAGACACGAAGGAACAAAUGAGUCUUUAUCCUUAUCACCCUCAACGGAGAAUACUCCGACAAUGAACACGAUGUCGACAACUGCAGUGGAUUUACAAGAAAAACGUGAAGGAAAAAAUAAGCCCUUAUCCUUUUCACCCUCUACGAAGAAUGGUCUAACAAUUAACACGAUGUCGACAACUGCAGAAUCGUACUUUCAUUGGACACGGGACGUCACUGAAGAAAAAUCCACAACACAAAGAGCAUCUAGAAAUGGUUCUCUCCAAGGGAGAUCAGUGUUGCUAUGGAAUCUUGGCUGCUUUAUAAUGUCUGUUUCGUCUUUAUUUGUUUGA